AUGAACCGUGGGGGGCAACCCCAUUCACCGGAAGAUCCAAGCCGUACUACAGCUGUGGACAUGAAGAACGAAGAUACUAGUUUGCAAAGCCAUCAGCAGCGGAACAUGUUGGCUGAGGCGAUAGCGUCUCUGCCACCUGUACCUCAAAACUUGUCAGCAUUCGCUCUGUUCCAUCAGCUCCCUAUACUGUACCAGCAGCAUUACCAACACAUGUUGCAAUCUCGAAUUUUACCAUAUUUACAAGAGUCGCUAAGAUUGCAAAGCAGUACAAAUUUUGUAGAUAAUAAACCACAAAUGCCGACGGUAAGACUUUUGGAAAAUUGUUACGAUAAUGAUGACGUGUACUUUUUUUUAUUGAUGACGAUUAAGAAAUUUAAAUUUAAAUUUUCUCUAAAAUCUCGUUGGCUCAAAUUUAUAAAUAGUAUAAUAAUAACGUUUAAAUAAUAACUUAUAAUUUAAAUAAAUAUUAUGUAUCAAACACUUUGGAACACAAUGAAACAAGCAUUUAUUUUCUUAUGUAGAAAAGAAAUUUCUUAUGAUAUGGUAAGGUUUCGGCUGAGGUAUUAAAAACUAUUCAUUAACGUAUAGGGAGGGCGAAGUUGACUUUUUUGUCAGCUUUUGUUUAUAAUAUAAUUUUCCCGAAACUGAAUCGUUUUGAAAAAUGUUUAUCCCUAAAACAAUAAACGAUAUAAUGACUUUAUGAUUAUUGUGUGUGUCAUAUAUAGAUACCUGCAGGGAUCAGUCUGUUUGAUCAGCCGGUCGAACAGAACGCAACGGCUGCAGUAGUAGCCGCGGAUAUUGCCACUGCUGGAUGUAAUGAAAAACCGCCUUAUUCAUAUAUAGCGCUGAUCGCCAUGGCCAUUACGUCCACGCCCAACCAGCGAAUGACGCUCAGUGAAAUUUACAAUUACAUCACGGAUAAGUUCCCAUACUACCGGCGAAACAGACAGGGCUGGCAGAACUCCAUCAGACACAACCUGAGCUUGAACGACUGUUUCAUAAAGAUACCCAGGGGACGGACCGGCAUGGAUGACAACAUGGGUGGAGGCAAGGGUAGCUACUGGACCCUGGACCCGGUGGCAGCAGCCGAUAUGUUCGAGCGAGGAAAUUAUAGGCGGAGGCGGAUGCGUCGGCACAGACCUUACCAGCAACACAACCACCACCAGACUGUAAGCAGAUUUUUAAAUGUUUAGUCAUCCAACCGGUAUAACGUGUAUGAUCCUUUUCUUAUUCUUUUUUUACUAGCUUUUUAGAGGCCAAUGAAGCUCAUUGCUUCAUUCUGUUUAUUUAGCUCUUUCCUGAGAUAUAGCCAUGAUAUUUCACUACAAAAUUACACAUAUUUGGCUAUACAUUACUUCUUUAGUUUUCCUAUUAAUUUAUAAUAGUGGUCUGUUUUUCUUUUCGCUAUAUGGUCCAGCUAGUUCAUCUAGACAUGUUUUAACGUUCGUGUUUUAUUUUGUUUUUUCAUGGUUCGUCGAUUCUGGUGCAGAACCAACAGGAUAUAAAGUCACUGCUGCAGCAACCGCAAGCUCACCUCCACCACCACCACUUCUCCGUGUACCCGGAAUUCCAAUUGUCUGGCAGGACAGGCGUCGCGGUCUCCACCGUUGCCGAGUCGUUGGCAGAGAAACAUCAUAGCGUGAUUACAGAUACAGUUUCGUCACAUAACUUGGCAUUUCAUAUCGAGAACCUAAUACAAAAGAAACACACCGCUGGCGGUGGCGUCGUUGUAGGUGAGAUGUCCCAGGAAGAAAUCGUUUCGUCCAGUGGUGUGCACAAUAAUAACGACCAUCAUUCCACUGACGAUCAUCAGACUGUGGUACAAGACACCAAACCCAAAUUGAUCAUAAUCAAUGACGAAGAUGAUAGCAACAAUAGCGGUAGUAACAGGCGCUAA